AUGGGGCUGAUGUGCAGACAGCUGGGACUCAGUGUGGGACAGGCAGUGACUUGUUCUCGGUUGGGAACACCGAGCCGCCAGGGUCUGUUCCAGGAUGGAGAUAUAAUUAUUGGUGGGCUAUUUACCCUCCAUUAUCAAAAUCCAGCUGCAUACCACAACUUUACACAGAAGCCAGAAUACAAACCAUGCACUGGGUUAGAUUAUGUCUCUCUGCAGUAUGUCUAUUCCAUGGUCUUUGCCCUAGAAGAAAUCAAUCUUAGUAAAACACUGCUGCCAGGUGUGAAGCUGGGCUACCACAUCUUUGAUAGCUGUGGUCAGCCGCUGUGGGCUCCCCAAACAAUACUGUCACUGGCAGGAGGAGACAGCGCCACAUGUAAUUUUACAGAGGAUUCUACUCAGAAUGGAGAAGAGAUCAAAGGAGUAACAGGUCAUCACCCUGUUCCCCUUAUUAUCGGUGGUGCUUCCUCUGUUACAGCCGAGAUACAGUCCAGAGUCCUGGGACCACUCUCUAUCAGUUACAUCUCAACCUGCUCCUGUCUCAGUGACAGGAUCCAGCAUCCUGUCUUCUUCAGGACCAUUCCCAGUGAUUUCUAUCAAGCCAGAGCUUUUGCUCAGCUGGUCAUACAUUACAAAUGGAUUUGGGUUGGGGCCGUAGUGGCAGAUAAUAACUAUGGCCUUUCAGCAAUAAAGAUAUUCCUGGAGGCAACUCAGGAAGCAGGGGUGUGUGUAUCAUUCACUGAGAAAGUCAACUCAGAAAACAUUGUCAGUGAUGCCAAACGAGCUGCUCUCACAAUCCAGGCAUCAACCGCAAGAGUGAUUGUUGUGUUUGCCUGGUAUACAGAUGUGAGGGAGCUAUUCCUGCAGCUGGCCAAGUUAAAAGUAACUGACCGUCAGUUUAUAGCCAGUGAGGCUUGGAGCACCAGUGGUGAUCUUCUCCAAGAUCUUGUCACUAGAAAAGUGGCAAGAGGUGUUAUUGGCGUUGCCAUUAGAAACUCAACUAUACCUGGAUUUGAAACCUUUCUCAGAAGCUUAAACCCAGUUCAUCGUCCUUUUGAUGGGUUUUUAAGAGAAUUCUGGGAAACUGAGUUUAAGUGCAGUCCUGGAGCUGCUGCCAUUGCCUUGCUGCCUAGUCAACCAUCCAAUGUUUCUGCCUCUGUGUCUGUUCAAGGAGCUUCACUAUCACCCUGCAGUGGAACAGAGACACUCGAGGGCCUGAAGAAUCUCUUGACUGAUGUGUCUCAGCUCAGCGUGUCGUAUAAUGUCUAUCUUGCUGUUUAUGCUGCAGCUCAAGCUCUUCACAGCCUUCUCUCCUGCCCCAACAGAGAAAGCAACUCCACCUGCUCUUCUCCAAAUAGCAUCAAACAAAAAGAGCUGCUGCAGCACCUGAACAAAGUGAACUUCACCACACCACGAGGAGAAAACUUCUAUUUCCAAGGUGCUGAUAUUCCAGCAAAGUACGACCUGGUCAACUGGCAGACGACUCCUGAGGGAACGCAGAAACUAGUUCUGAUUGGUCGGGUGGACGGGUUUGACAUCCACCUUAACGAGUCAGCAAUUCAGUGGAGCUCAGGAACCAACCAGGCCCCUACUUCAGUGUGUACAGAGAGCUGCUCCCCAGGAACAAGAAAAACUAUUAGGAAAGGUGAACCAGUCUGCUGCUUCAACUGUAUCCCGUGUGCUGAAGGACAAUUUAGUAAUGAAACUGGUUCAUUUCAGUGUGAGCAUUGUCCAUCAGAGUUCUGGUCCAACACUAACAGAACUGCCUGUGUCCCACGUCAGCUGGACUUUCUCUCCUUUAAUGAUACUCUGGGCAUCACGCUGACUACAGCAGCUGUAUUUGGAGCCACAGUGACAACAGUUGUAUUUUUGGUGUUUCUCUGUUAUUACCAAACACCUAUGGUCCGAGCCAACAACUCAGAACUGAGCUUCCUGCUUCUUGUGUCGUUGAAGCUGUGCUUCCUGUGCUCCCUGGUUUUCAUUGGUCGUCCAUCAGUCUGGUCUUGUCGCUUCCAGCAGGCGGCUUUUGGAAUCAGUUUUGUACUUUGCGUUUCCUGCCUCCAAAUCAAAACCAUGGUGGUUUUAGCAGCUUUCCGCUCAGCUCGACCUGGUGCUGAAGCCUUAAUGAAGUGGUUUGGUCCAUCCCAACAGAGAGGAAGCGUCUGCUUCCUGACAUGUGUACAGAUUAUCAUCUGCACUGUUUGGCUGUCCCUCAGUGCUCCUGAGCCCAAACGUGAUCUGGGCUUCCAAGGGUCAAAGGUCACCCUGCAGUGUGCCAUGGCCUCUGUGGUGGGCUUCUCUCUGGUCCUGGGCUACAUUGGCCUUCUGGCCUGCACUUGUCUUCUCUUGGCCUUUCUUGCUCGGAAGCUCCCAGACAACUUCAAUGAGGCCAAGCUGAUCACCUUCAGCAUGCUAAUCUUCUGUUCUGUCUGGGUGGCCUUUGUUCCCGCUUACAUUAGCUCUCCGGGGAAAUACUCAGUGGCUGUGGAGAUUUUUGCAAUCUUGGCUUCUAGCUAUGGUUUACUGCUCUGUAUCUUUGCUCCUAAAUGUUUUAUUAUUCUUUUAAGACCUGAGAAAAACACUAAGAAACAUGUGAUGGCCAGAUCAGCCUGAUAUUAAUAAUCAACAAUGAUUAUUAAGAUUUAUCAUUCAUUUAGUUUUGUUCAUUUUUUUAAUUGUGUAUUCCAGUAAACCCCCUGGCCAAUUUUUGUUGUUCAAUUUAAUCUAAAGAAUCCACAAGUCCACUACAAAGUUUGGACACCAACAAAUGAACACAAUCUAUGACAUUUGUACUUGAGUUUUGGUAAAUGCACUAUUUUAAUUUUUUUUAAAUUCACAUAUGUUCACUACAACAUCAAACGCUGUCUUGGGUGGCUUAGAGGAAAGAUAGCCAUCUGACUUAGUUUCAACUGUCUUUUCAGACUACUUUAAUGACUGUUUUUUAACAAGGUAAACAGUAACAAAUCUACGAAGACUAGUUAAUGAUUCAUAAACCUUUUCUCACCAGCAUGAAUUGACAAUACAGCAGAUCCUAAAUACUGCAUGAAAUCUAUAUGUUAAGAGGCACAGCAUUCUGCUACAUACCAACUUCAUAGGAAUAAUUUUGGCGUUAAGCCUUAUAUAUUACUGUAAGUUACUGAUACAUGACGACAUGUUCUGUGAGUCCCUGGUAUGGUAUGAAAGUAAUUUAUCCUGAACAUCUGCUCUGUAUUUUUAAGAAAAGUUAAUUAAACAGUGUUAGUUGCCAGUUGAAUCAAUUUGGGAAAAUUUUCAGUUUAUGUAAAAACCUGGUCUUUACAGUAUGUCAUAAUUCAUUACCCUACUCUGUCUUUAUUCUAUUGCAUUCAUUUUAUUCCUCCGAGGAGGGACUUGGGAUUGUUGUUGUGGUAGCAACACCUGUAGUGUAGUGAUCCUUGCUUGCUUUAGUUGAGUUAUAAAUAUCCACAUUGCAGUUCAACUGUUUAGAGGAGGAGGGUGCAUAUCAGUGUUCAGCUCAUCGUACUGUGUGUGAUUGCAGGUUUUGUACUACGCUGUAUACAAUGUUUUUUAAAUUUUUGAAGUGUUUUUAUGCUAAUUGAUGACUUAAAGUGAAACAAAUUUCAUUUUCUCACUGAUAUUUUUGAUUGACAGUGUAACAAGCUGUCUGCAUGCAGAUACAGUGACUGUCCAGAGCAGCUGCAUCCAUGUGCUGGACCUCCUCAGUCCUGUCCCUGCUCCUGAUGGGGCUGAUGUGCAGACAGCUGGGACUCAGUGUGGGACAGGCAGUGACUUGUUCUCGGUUGGGAACACCGAGCCACCAGGGUCUGUUCCAGGAUGGAGACGUAAUCAUCGGUGGGCUCUUUAAACUUCAUUAUCAAAAUCCAGCUGCAUACCACAACUUUACACAG